AUGUCGUGGAAGCACUCACCAGUUUUGGAGGCUGCUGCUGAAAGGAAUUCAACCAGUCGAUUCAGUCCACCUAUUGCGCAAGUGUCCAAAUGCCCCCCGUGUAAAAACAACGUCCUGGAAAGUAAGCUAAAGGUACACAACUAUGAGCGUCCGAAGAUCGAAAGGGAGUGUUUCGACUGCGGUGUCAAAGUUCUCAACGAAAACCUACAAGAUAACCUGGACAAGGAGUGCCAGAAGCGAGUAGUUCUUCGUGAUGCGUGCCACAGUCUAGUGACUUCCACUCAAUUUGGCAAACACAAGUCUGAGUGUCCGAAGAUCGAAAGGAAGUGUUCCGACUGCGGUGCCAACGUUCUCAAUGAAAAAAUACAAAAUCAUCAAGAGGUGGAGUGCCAGAAGCGAGUAGUUCUUUGUGACGCCUGCAAAAGUGCAAUGUCUUAUGAUGAACUCAGUGAUCAUGACCAGGAAUGCCUCGAGAAACCAGUGGUCUGCGACCACUGUGAGGGUGAGGUACUACGGAAGGAGAAGUUCAAGCAUGCCUUCGAGUGUCAAAUGCGUCUUGUGUACUGCGAGAACUGUGAAGGAUUGUACGCCUACUCUUUAGAAAAGGAGCACAGGGAGCAGUGUGAAAAAAAGAAACUUGCUUGCGAGUACUGCGAAUUGGAACUGAAAAACGAUGAUGAAAAAGACGCGCUCCUUGAAACCUGCGAAGACGCUUUGAUUGGAUGUGCUUUUAAAGAGUUUGGAUGCAACGAGAAAGCCCCAAGGAAAGAGAUGCUGAAACAUGAAAAGGACCCCCACAAUGGACUUCUUAAUCAAGUUAUCCUCGGGCUGCAAGAAAGAAUCGAGAACCUGGAACGGCCGCUCACCGCCCUCGUAGAAAAACUUCGUAAUUCGCAUUCGGUGGGAACCAGUCAAUGAUCGCAAACUGAAAAGAAAAUGCACUGUGCAAUGUUGUGUAAGGAAAAUUGUCGAUAAGAAGGGUAGUGUAAAGUUCUCGAAAUAUCUAGC